GCGGGUGUGAGGAUGAGCCGCGGCGGGGCUCGAGGGCCGUGCUCCGAGCGCACAGGGAGGCUGCGGAGGUGAAGCCUCUGCUCCCUCGCCCGGCGGGAUGGAGACUCUUGGCGCUGCAGAGGACGUGUUUUAUGAGGAGGAGGAGGAGGAGGAGGUGAACUGCUACGACUUUGAGCCUCUGCCGACGCUGCUGGAGGAUGAGGAGAAUGUGUCCCUUGCUGAUAUUUUGUCACUGCGGGAUAGCUGUCUUACUGAGCAAGAUAUUUGGGCAAUUUGCCUGGAGUGUUGCCAUUCUUUGAAGAGCAUUGCCCAUUCUGCAAUCUUCCAGACACUCUGCAUCACUCCUGACACUUUGGCUUUUAACACCAAUGGCAAUGUAUGCUUCAUGGAACAGCUCAGUGAUGAUCCAGAAGGUGCCUUUGUUCCGCCAGAAUUUGAUAUCACCGGUAACACUUUUGAGGCACACAUCUAUUCUUUGGGUGCAACACUGAAAGCAGCAAUAGAAUAUAUUGUAGAACCUGAGACAGAGUCAGAAUUUGGACAAGAUCUGCACACUCUACUGGAACAAAUGCAAGAAGAGAAUCCUGAAAAUAGGCCAGAUAUUGAGAGCAUUUUGUCAUUAUGUGAAGAAAAAAUGAAGAUUGCUUCAUCAAGUAAUAUUUGUCGAAGCUUGUCUGCUGUUGGAAGAAGAGUUCUUUCAAUUGAAUCAUUUGGUGCUUCUCAAGAUGUCUGUGAUAACAUGUGGAAGGGAAGAAUGUGUCAGAGGAAUUUGGGAUCUAAAUUAUAUUCAAAUGAGAAAAACAGCAUUGCAGGUGAUUCGUCUGCAGUGGAAGAGGUGACAACUGCCUGUCAUAACAACUCUUCUGUAGUUACCAUGGUGACUGGCAGAGAAAGUGCUUUAAAGGAAAUGCAAAUUGAUCUGGAUAAUGAGAAAACUCAACAUUCUCAACUUGCAACUCAAACUGAAAAGAGCAAAGAAGAGGACAAACACGCAGUGUAUACUGACAGUUUUGCUAGUGUUGCUUUGGAUAUAAAAUCAUGUGUUAUUGACCUGGAGAGAGAUUGCCUUUUUAAGAAAGGUUCUUUGAGAAAAAUGAAAACCUUUCCAAAGCUACCACUUGAACUUGCAGAUACAAAUAACUUUUUUACUUCUGUAACCAACAGUGGACCGCUAGAUAGGAAAAAUCACUUCCUAACACAAGAGUCACUACCUCCAGACAAUAAUAAUGAGGUUGCUUUUUCAAAGGGAAAUCUCAAUUCAUUUGCUGUCAGUAGUCCACCAGAAAUAGAAUCAAAGAAUCACCAAUCUGAUGAUCGUCAUUUAGAAGCACGAUGUGUAUGCACACAAGUGUCUGGCUUGAAUCUAGAAGAACAUAUGUCACUUAUCAAUGGUAAAAAGAUAGGUUUUUCUUCAUCUGAUCACAAAGAAGACUCUUCUGGUGCUACCUCUGAAGGGCUAAAACCAGCUGAUAUGCUAAAAGACUCAAAUCAGUCAAUUGGUAGAGCGAAAAUGCUAGACAACUACAUGGUGUUGGAAGACUGUUCUGAAACUUUUCAAGGGUCAAAUGAAAAUUAUGUACCACAUUUUAACAAGAUGGAUUCAGUGUUAACAACAAAACCCAGUGGGAACAGACAUGGAUCAAACCUAAUUAGGCCACCAGAAUUAAGCAGCGGUGUGAUGAGCGCAAACAAUAAUGAAGAUAAUCUUUGUGGAGGCAGAGGUUCAGAAAUCAAAAGUAAUGAGCAGUGGAUCUCUCUAAAACUCCUGUUGUCCUGGUAUGGUAGGCCUCUGAAAGACUAUGAACUCUGGGCAUUAUGUCAUGAGUGUUUAUGUACUCUGCAGACUUGCAUAGAUUAUCCAGUGGUCUUAUGUUUGGACUCUGUCCUGAUUGACUGCCAUGGAAGGAUCCUCUUUGCUGCUCCAAAAGCUGAAGAAUCUUGUGAUGUAUUUUAUUUAGCUCCUGAAAUUGAAGAAGAGGAUGUGGAUACUGAGAAGGUCUGUGUUUAUGGUGUUGCUGCAGUUCUGUGGAUGGCUGCAAAAUACAGUGUUCCACUGAGUCACAAAGUAGUAUUGCCAAGAAAAUUUAAAAAACUACUUCUGGAUAUGGCAAGAAAAAACCCUGAAGAAAGACCUUCUCUAACCACUGCAAUUAAGACAUGCAAUCAUUAUUUACUUGAACAAGGUAUAAACAGCAAAAAUAUUUUGACAUUAUUGGGUAAACCCAUCUUUAAGGCUGUUGAGGAAGACAUCUUGUCUCAAGAUCACAUCACUUUUAAAUUUAGAAAUGAAAAAUAUGAAAUGGACCCUUCAGAGUCAAGUCUAGGAUUUGUGCCUUUUACCAGUGAAAGUAAACUUGUAGCAGUUAAAGGACCAGUACCGUGCCAGAUUUCACUUAAUUGUGAGAAAGCAACAUUACCUGCCGCAUUCACCUCUCCUGCAACUCACUUUAAGCCUAUUAUUUUGCAACAAGAUGCAAAUAUAACUAAAGAGGUUCAAACACCAGUUUCUGACCAAUUCAAGAAAGAGACAAGGAAAGAAAAACAUAUGGACCACAACAAAUCAGGGUAUAUAGAAGACUCCAAAAUCUGUGGUAUUGACGAUACAGGUGUUGUUGAAACUGUACCUGAAACAUCUGAGUGUGAUUCACAAGUUCCAAGCCACUCAUUCCAGAUGUCUUCAGAAGAGCAAUACUCAGGCAAUACGUUUGCUUCUACAGUUACAUUACCAUCACCAUCUGAUUCCUCACAUGCUCUGCAAGAGAAGAGCAUUUUAUCUGAAGAUCCCUCCAGCUCUUUAGCUUGUCCUACAUCUCCUAAUUUUCUUCAUAUAAAUAACAUCAUUCUCAAACAGGACUCAGGGAAAAGAGUUCUGACAUUUGUACCAGUACAUUUGGCUGUAUCAGAGCAAAUACCAAAUAAGCCUCUUCGCUCCAGAAUUGCUUAUGAUUGCUAUCACAGUUUGCCACUGCUACUUUCAAGGACUAUUGCAAGCUAUAAAAUGAACAUGCAAGCAGAAAAUGAUGCCUCCUUUUGCAAUGUGCAAAGUCAUGAGACUACUAAUACAGAGAACCAGUCUGAUAAAAGUAGCGCAGUUAUUCAAAGCAACUGCCAAGAAACUGAGUGUGCUACCAGCAUAGAUUGUUUUUUCACUGAGCAAGAGCACACACCAUGUACUUCAGUGAGUAAAGACAGUUACAGUUUCUUCGAUGAUGAAGUCCUGCCCCAUCAGAACACAACAAGUGACACUUUACUAGAGGAAGUGAUUCAUCUUAUACAAGAGGAGUUUGCAUUUGAUGGUUAUUUAGAGAAUGGAGCUGAAGUUUUUGAUAUGGGUAACUUCAUAUUAAACUUAAAGGGAAUUCAGUUUGGUAUGUUCUCUGAUCGAAUUUGUGAGAAGUUUUGUGACCUCUACUGGGAUGAAAAGUUACUGGAGAAUCUCUAUCAGGUAGUAAAUGGAGGAAGAUCUUCACAUUUAUGCAUAACUGAGGCAGAUGAAGCAAAAUGCGACAAUAUAUUCCAAGAUGUGAAGAAAUCUGAAAGCUUUUUGGCAAGCAGUGAUCAGACAGAGGGAAAAGGGGAAGCAGACUUUGACGUGAAUGCUGAGCCUAUGAUAAAAACAUCAUUAGUUGAAAUGGAUUUUGAUGACUCACCUUUGGAUAAUACCAAAAAACAAUUGACUUGGAAGAGUACAAUCCCCAUAGCAAAAGAGCAACAGCAUUUGCAAAGCAACAGCUGUGGUCCAGGCUUUGCAGAAGAAAAUGCAAGUUCAGAGGAACAGGCCAUGAUAAAGACAGCUGGAAAUAGCUACCUGGCAUCUCCCAAUCUACCUGACUUUUGUGGCUGUAGUCCUGGUUGGAGCAGUGCAUUUUAUGGAGCUGAAUGUUUUGAUUCAGAAGUUCAUAGUUACUUGAAAAACCUUGGAAAGCAGAAAUCAAGUGAGUCACAAAAUAUAGAUGCUAAAAAAGUGGAACUAGAACAAUUGCUAAUGAUGGAGACAAAAAAUUACAGAAAGACCAUAAAGUUUUACCAGAAACUAUUGCAGAAAGAAAGAAGAAGCAAAGGAGCUGAAACUAAAUCUGUGUUGCCCAAACUGAGAGGACAGCUACAGGAGAUGAAAUCAAAAGUGCAGUUUCUUGAACUGGUAAAGAAAUAUGUGCAGAUGAUGUAUGCAGAGCAGUGGGGUGUGGAAUCCUGUGUGCUGCCUACAGUCAUUCACAAUGGGAAAGCUGACACCAUGGACAUGGCACCUGUGGAUGAAUCAUCAUUGCUGCUGUACUAUAACACAGAGAAACACCAGUGUAACAGUCGGAAUGGAGUGAGAGUUCUGCAGGCCGGUACACCACUUGGUUUGAUGGCUUAUUUAUAUUCUAGAAAUGCCUUUUUAGAAGGUUAUGUACAGCAGUUUCUUUACACAUUUCGCUAUUUCUGCACACAAGAAGAAUUUUUGCAGUUUCUUCUUGAUAGAAUCAGCAGCACUUUAUCCAGUGCAAGCCUGGAUCCUUCCACGUUCCUUACCAAAAUAUGUAACCGCAGUUUCUACAUCCUGCAGGCAUGGAUUGAAGACUGUUACAGUGUAGACUUUGCAACAAAUACUGAUCUUCUGGGUACCCUAAAAGAAUUUAUUUCUUCCAAGGUUGCUUCAUUAAAUGGCUACGGGGAGCGCUUGUUGUCGCUGCUCGAGGACGCCUCUGCCAGGAAAAGUGGCAGUGCUGAUCUGUGCUCUGGUGUGCACAAACGUGAAGAGGAAAGUGAGGAAGGCAGAAAAACAUUACAUUCCCUAUGUAAAAAGCUCUCAGAAGAUGUUUCCAGAAAGAACUUCUACUGGAAGUUAUCCAAAGGUAUGGGACCAAUUGCACAAUAUCAGAGAGAGCGACUGCACACAAGUUCAGCAGUUUUGCCAAAGCCCUGCUGCAGCAGUUUCACAGGAAAAUCCUCAGUCUCCUUAGCUAGAGCAGAUGAAGUGGGACCAGUUCUCUUGAUGGAGUGCAGUGCCCAGCAGCUUUGCUGGCAGCUGACACUGCUGCAACAGGAAGUAUUUAAUAAAUGUCAUCCAGUACACUUCCUAAAUUCCAGAGCACUUGGUGUUAAAGAUAAAUGUGUUGCUGUACCAAAGGCAGUUUCUACUGAGACAGUUUCACUUAAAGUCUGUAAUCUUUUUCUGUCGAACUGCAUACAAGACCAGUACCUUCUGCAAUUAUUGAAAAAUGCAGACAGUAUCAGCACCUGGGUUGCUGCUGAAAUUGUAACAUGUCACACAACUAAGCGGCAGGUGAGCUUGUUAUCAAAAUUUCUUCUCAUAGCAAAAUGCUGCUAUGAACAAAGAAAUUUUGCUACUGCAAUGCAAAUCCUAGCAGGCUUGGAAAACCUUAUUGUACGACAGUUGCCAGCCUGGAAAAUUCUACCUGCAAAAGUAGCUGAGAUAAUGGAGGAGCUCAAGGCUGUUGAGGUGUUUUUAAAAAGUGACAGCUUAUGCCUGAUGGAAGGAGACAGAUUCAAAACUCUUCCAACAAUUCCGUCAGCCCAUGUUUUGGCUAUGCAUGUCCAGCAACUUGAAACUGGAGGAUUCACAAUGACAAAUGGAGCUCACAAGUGGGCUAAACUUAGAAAUAUUGCAAAAGUUGUGAGCCAAGUUCAUGCCUUUCAAGAGAAUCCUUACACAUAUGCACCAGAUUUCAAGCUUCAGUCUUACCUCAGACAAAGAAUAACUCGUUUUAAAGAUGCAGACAUUUCUGCCUUGGCAGCUGACAACUGUGCCAACUUCCAUCAGAUACCAGCAGAAAAACAUUCUCGAAAAAUUCAGGACACACUGCGCAGGAUGAAAGCAACAUUUCAGUAAUUAUUUAUGUUUCAUCUGUUCUGUUCUGGGUCUAGACUGUAAAACUGGAUUGACUUGACUUCAUCUACUGGACCUACUUCCAAGAAAGUACUUAAGUGAAGCAACAUAAGAUACUUUCUCAAGUUGAAAUUAUUAUAUUCAUAACAUGGAAUUAUAAAAUGCUGACUUAUGAGAUUUGAAUCACUGGCAACUGAAUGGCAGAUCAAAAGAAUAAAAACAGAGAUAAAAUUAAAGAGUAUAGAUGAAAAGGCUUAUUAAUUUUGUUACUCGUCUUUAGCAUAAAUAAUUAAUUAGCCUGAAAAACAAUAUCCAAAAGAUACCAGCUUCUGUUGCCAAGCUGGCCUAGGAGAGUUCAAAACAUAGUUCAUUAAAUAUUGAAUCUAUUUUUAUAUAAACACAGUACACUUAUAUCCUGUCACAUUGUGCAUAUAAUUCAGAAACACAGAUCCUCUGCUAUUAAUGCAUUGACUGUUGGUGUGUCUUGCUUUUAUGUUGUGUAUUAUGAAAACUGUAACUGGCAUAAAUAAUUGGCUGCCUAUUUCUCCUACCAAGGUAGGAGAAGAAUGCUAUCGUUCAACUUUUUUUUUUUUUAGUUUGAUUUUAAAGUCAUCAGACUAACCUGUUUCCAAAUGAAAGUAAGAUCUGGAUGUAAGUAUUACCAAUUCAUUGCUCUGCUUCUGCACUCCUGGCAUUGUGAAGACAGUAAAUGUGAAAUUGCUUUGUUCAUCUGUAUUUGGCACAAGAGUCACUUUGCCAAUUUAUGUCUGUCUGCUCAUUUGAGUAUGGCUUUUGCUCCUGAGGUUGUUUUCGUAGAUCACAGUGCUCCAGCAGCAUCCAAUACAAGAUAACCAUGUGAAAUUUGGAUCUGCAACUUGUAAAACUGUGGUGCUAACCUAUUCAUAGAGCUUAUACUUACAAGACCUUCUAAAUGGCCAUGAAAUGUGUUGCUAUUGCUAGAAAAUUUAUUGAGCUACUCAGGUUUAUGCAGGGCCAGAAUGUUAAGGCUAAAAAUCAGUUCAAAAUACAAUUAUUUCUACCAGAGGGAGCAAUGGUAGUGUUGAGUGAAAAGUAGGGAAGGGCAAGACAUGCUUAAGCACUAUUCUGAAAGUGAUUUGCUUAGAACUGUGUUUAAAAAAACUAAAAUGUUUUGAGAGGAGUGAAAGGCAGAUGUGAACUAAAUAUCUCAUCAAGUGUUAGUGAUGGAGAAGGAUAACAAUGUAAGAAAUAGGAGUGUGGACAUGUCUGCUAUUUUGCAGUUGUACUGUUGUGUUUGACAGAAAUGCAUGUGCACAUGCUAAACUGUAGCUUUCUCAAUGUGUAAGAGGAAGGCUUCUCCUUUUCUUUGUCAGUAACAGCAAUAUUACAUCUCAACCCUUUCUCGUCUUCCUCAGUAAAAACACGGUGUGCCAUACUUUCCUUUAAAUACUGUUACUUUUUCUUACUAAUACAAUACUACUAACUUUUGGCUCUUAUUGGUUUAAACAUUGACAAACUCAGUCCUCAACAGGGUUUUCUUGCUUUUGUCCUACUUUUAAUAUGAUUUAUUUUAUUUACCAUAUGUAGGUUUAACGUGUCAUUAAUUAUAGUAUUCUGACUUACCCUUAAGGAAGUAAAUCGUGUUUCUAUUUCUCUAAAAAUUGUCAAAUGGGAAAACAUUAACUAUUUGCCUCCUACCUUUAUGAUUUAAGAAUGUUAAUAAUAACGUUAUCUUUGGACAUACAUUUCACAUAUUUUAUCUGUAUGCAUUUAUUUUAAAUAAUUGGUUUUGUUAGUAGUUAUUUGGGGUUUUGUCAAUUAAAAAUUACCAUUCGCUUAAACCUACACCUUGCCUUUGAAUGACAGUAAAAUUUUAAGUAGCAUAAGUUUUACUAAUGUAAAAUACUCCACAAGACUUGCUAAUCACAUGAUCUUAAUAAAUGCAUUUUAUACAGUUA